AUGUCUGAUGCUCUGAGGAGUAAUAUCCUUCCCAUCAUGGAUAAGUUCUUUAGCACAGCCGAGACAACUGUCUCGUACUUCGAUGAUGUGGGCCCGAAUGUGGUAAAUGAGCUCUGCAAAGACAAGCAGACUCCAGAACGCCUCAGUUCAGUCAUAUCAGUCUGCAACUCCAAGUGCUUCAAGCGCGUCUGGACCGCCAUGGAGUUCAUCAGAAGUGAGCGUGUCAGAAUGAUGACCAGCAACUAUACUUACUUCCCCGACCUUGAUGACCCUGCAUUCCUGGGCCAGGUCUUCAAGGCCUGGAAGGAUGAGGUUCGCCAACAUGAAAAGGUGCAUGAUCUCGAAAGAAAGGUCCAAAUGGGGAAGAAUGAAGUCCCACGGAGUCUUAGUACACUGAAAUCGGCAAAGUUACUCAAGAGGAUGAACUUUGCCAUGGCAACUGCUCUACGUUGCAAGAGAGGAUUUGGUAGACCAGAGCAAGGAUCGAUGAUGCAAGCCUUCUCAUCUGCCGCGAAGUUAGCUUUGGAGAUUGAUGGACCAGAUGUCAGAGACUUUAUUGCAACCCUGGGAAGAACUCAUCCAGGGAAUGCGUUGACCACCAUGGAAAUCUUGGAAGAGAAGAACGAAGUGAAUAAUGUGCAGAGAGUUCUGAACAAGCUCUUCAACUGCUCAGAAAUUCCAUCCUGGCCAACGGAUGGCAAGGAUAACAUCAAAUGGCUCCGAGACGUGCUAUCCUUCUCCAAACUCAGACCUGGUGAUGAUCAAACUGUGCUGGGAGACAACGCAGCCAGGUUCGGGACAAUCCACUGCAGACCGUAUCAUUACACCGUUGGUAUCACUUGUACAGGAUGUGAUAGGAUGUUUGCACAUGAGAUCGAGAGUUUCGUCUUGCAAACAGAGCUGCGGAACGCGAGAGCCUAUCGCAUCCCUGGUCUCAAGUAUUUAUGCUCUGAGAAGGACAGUUUAGCAAUUUUGGUUUAUGAGGAUAAGGUCGUUGGAAGAAUGAUAUGGGCCACGCCCGCUUGUGCAUGUGGGAGGACAGAAGUGGUUACCCUGAGGAUACCAGAGCUUUUCAUGCCCCGCAUUUUCGAUCAACUAGAUAUAUGA